CCUUUUCUCUUUCCUUUCUUCUUCGCUUUCAACAGAGCCCAUGACACUGCAGCCGGCAGCAUCACACUCCCACCGAGCGAACUGCUUCACGGACUAGUACCUUUCUGCUUUCCGCCCGAUUCUCUCGCUCGCUUCUUCUGAGCUGCGAGAUGGAUCGAUCCGUUCUCUUCCUCUUCGUUGUCUUCCUUAUCGUCAGCUCCACCCCUGCUUCUUACGCCGCCGCCUUUCUCGAUUCCAAAACGCAAGGUGCCAUUGUGAAGCAUUUGUCCCAUGUUCUCAAAUGGACCAAGUCCGCCCCGAAAACAACCCAGCAUGAUGGGGACGUCGUCGACUUCGAGAGUGGGUACUUCGUGGAGACGCUUGUGGAGGGCGGCAAGCUUGGAGUGCUGCCACACGCCAUCCGGGUUUCCCCAGAGGGCGAGCUCUUCGCAGUUGAUGCCACAAACAAUAAUAUAGUUCGGAUCACUCCUCCUCUCUCCCAGUAUAGCAGAGCAAGACUGGUUGCUGGUUCAUUUCAGGGAUACUCUGGGCAUGUAGAUGGUAAACCUGCUGAUGCUCGUUUCUAUCAUCCAAAAGGUGUCACUAUGGAUGACAAAGGGAAUGUGUAUGUUGCUGAUACCUCCAAUCUGGCUAUUCGUAAGAUAAGUGAAACAGGUGUAACUACUAUUGCUGGAGGGAAAUCCAAUUUAGCAGGUUAUAGAGAUGGACCAAGUGAUGAUGCUAAGUUUUCUAGUGACUUUGAUGUGGUAUAUGUUGGAAGAACUUGUUCUCUUAUAGUUGUAGACAGGGGUAAUGCUGCUCUUCGCCAGAUUUCUCUUCAGCAAGAGGACUGUGAAUACCAAGAUACUUCAGUAUCUACACCAGAUAUUAUUAUGGUCAUUGGUGCAAUAUUUGCAGGGUACAUCUCAUGCUUGUUUCAGUAUGGAUUUGGACCAUUUAUUUCCCAGAAGAACCAAGUCUCUGAAAGUGUACAACACAUGCACAAGUCGCAUGAGAAACCAGCUCUAGUUGUAGAAUCCAUUAAGGAAGAGCCUGGAGCUGGAUGGCCAUCUCUAGGGAGGCUUCUCGUUGAUCUAUCUAAAUUUGCAUUUGAAGGGAUUGGCAACAUGCUUCUCAACAUCUUUCCAUUUAAUCUCGGACGUAGAACUGGACUGAGUCCUCUGAAAGAUCAUCUUAUAAUGCCUGAAGAUAAAACUGAGCCACAGCUUGUGCAGAAACAAAAGAGCACCCCACCUAUGCCUGAGACACUUCACGAACCAAAUGUUACCAGCAAUGCUACACCAAAGCUCCAGAAAUCUAACAAGAUACCUAAAUUCAAGGAUCCAUCACAACCCAGUAAGCAUAGAUCCUCAAAGAGACCUGAUUACUCUAGCUUCUAUGGCUCGGCUGAGGACUUUCAGACCUCAAAGGAUCGAGCACGUCCCCGCCAUCGUGACAAGAGUUCAGAGGUUCUUUAUGGUGCUGUUGGCACUGAGGCAAAAUCAGCUGACAUGAAGUCCACGAACUAUAGCGAUCCAAAGUAUGAUCAUUACAAUAUCAGAAGCAAGUAUGGCCAGGACAACACCUUCCGGUACUAAAAUGUACUUAUUAGUAUGGCCUUAAGUUACCUAUAAUGCUUAAUAUCUGUAUCCUCGAGUAUGUUGAUGAAGAAUUUUUGUGGAAAAGAGCACCUGUGGCCUUUAUUUCGUAGUUGGUUGAAUUGGAAACCUAUUAAGUUUUCAAGGUUGUUAGUGUAGCACUCCUUUGUAGUGAUAUGGUGAUGUCUUUUUGGUACCAUAACACACGCAGAAUUAUUAUGAUGGUUACAUUCGUAUAUAGAGGUUUCUUUCUAGAUGUUUACCUCUUUGUAA